GAAAAAGCAGAAAAGAUAAGCUGCUUCCUCUCCACCAUCCGAUCAUUCAACCUCUGUAAUCACCACCGUCGAUUCCCACCAGAAGAACCUCCUCGUUCUCUCCAAAAACCCAAAAACCCCUCUCCUCCCGAAAUAAAAUAAAAUAAUAAAAAAUGGCCGCUCUCCAGCAAUCUCCGGUCGCGUUCCACCCCAAAUCCCCGCCUGCGGCACGCAUCCGCGCAAAAUCCCUCUACCAAAUACCCCUCCGCUCUUCAUUUUCCGGCAAUAUCCGGCACCUCAGACUCGCCGGAAAGUCCGGCUUGAAACUCAGACCCGCCCGCCAUGGCGGCGCCGCCGGCUCGAAGAUGAUGGACUCGGCCUCCUCCAGCUACGCCUCGGCCCUAGCCGACGUGGCGAAAUCCAAUGGCACGCUGGACGCGACGAGCGCGGACCUGGAGAAGGUGGAGAAGAUCUUCUCCGAGCCGCAGAUCUUCGACUUCUUCGUGAAUCCAAUCAUCGCUGUGGAGAAAAAGCGAGAAGUGAUCGACGACAUCGCGAGCUCGUCGAAGCUACAGCCGCACGUCGCGAAUUUCCUGAACAUCUUGAUAGAUAUGAGGAGAAUCGAUCUGAUAAACGAGAUCGUGAAGGAGUUCGAGAUCUUCUACAACAAGAUGACGGACACGGAGAUGGCGGUCGUGUCGUCGGUGGUGAAGCUGGAUUCGCAGCACCUGGCGCAGAUUGCGCAGGGCGUGCAGAAACUGACGGGAGCGAAGAACGUCAGGAUCAAGACCGUCAUCAACCCGUCGCUCGUUGCGGGUUUCACGAUCCGGUACGGAAGCUCCGGGUCGAAACUGAUCGAUAUGAGCGUGAAGAAACAGCUGGAUGAGAUUGCGACCCAGCUCGAUUUCAGCGAUAUAGUCGGAUCUCUCGCAACUUGAGAUCGUUCCGUGGCAGGUUUCGUAUCGGGUUGUGUCGGAUCGGAUCGGGCAGUGAGUCUUCCUUCCUUCUUUUUUCGUGUGUAUUCUUCUUCAAGCGAGGGUGAAAUGGUCUUUUUACGAUGAUGUAUUUUACGGUGUCGGAGCCCGUAGGAUGUAAGAAAUGGGCUAGAAUCCUCCACAAAAAUGCGUAAAAUAACCAAGUCUGUGGGGCCCACCAUGUUGUAUAUGUAAAAUCCACCCCGUCUAUCAGGUUCUGUCCAUGGAAUUAGU